UUCAAAAUUCAAAUUGGAGACGCUGCUCAAGCACUCAGGUCAGGCCCUUUCUCAGACUCCGUUUCGAUUUUGAACUGAAUUCGAAGUUAGGGUUUCUGAAUUUCCAUGACAUGCCGAGGAGUGUGUUCUCCUUCAUGAUCCGUUUCUUCUUCCGAUCCUUCACCAGAGUAAUGGGCUGCUUCUUCGCUUGCUUCCGGAUCAGAGACACUCGCCGUACGCACACACCGCAAUUGAUUUCCACCACCAAUCGUUCCAACGCUGUUGUGACAUCUCGGAACAGCUUGCCUUCUUUAUUAACUGAAGAAGAGAGAGAUGAUUCUGCUCGGAUCGAUGGGAUGGAGUUUCAGGGAGAAUUCCAGGGACUCAAGGACGAGGCUAAGUUUCUUAAAGCUUGUGGGACCUUAACAGGAACACCUAUUGAAAUUCGCAAAGCAUCUGAGAAAUUGAAAAAAUCACCAUCUCCUGAUCAUGAUUCUGACCCUUCAAGAUUUCAUUCUUGGCUUCCUAAUACGUCUUUUGAGAAACUGCAGCCGGAUGUCCAACCAUUUGAUCCACCAACUCCGAUAAAACCUUGCCAUGAGUGGGGAAAUAGCAUGAAUUCAUUUGAACACACAUCAAAUAGUUGCGUCUCCAAAGCACAAGAUACUCGCGAUGACUCUGUUGACUAUAUAGAAAAAAGUUGUGCAGGGAACCCUCAUAGGGAAGAUAUUUCUGAAAGGAAUGCAGCUUUAGUUUCACCUCUGCUACCCUCAAAUACUCAGAGAAAGAACAAGUCUGUUCGUUUUGAAAGAGAAACUGACUUGGUAUCCUACGGAAGCUCAUCAAACGAUUGGCAUAUGAAAGAAAACAAAUCACCAAACAAUCAAAGUGCAUAUAAACAAUCUCCUUAUCCUACCCCGUUGAAGUUAUUCGAUGAGAUGCAAACACCAGGAACUGUGUAUCCUGCAUCGUUAGAAGAGUUACGUAGUGGCAAGGCUAAGGUUCGGUCCCAGUUUGUCUAUCCAACUAACAAUCGAGGUGAUAAUGCCUUCCGAUGCAAAAUACUAGAGGCUGGGGAUUUUAGUUCCGAAGAAGAUUCAAGUGAGCUGAGUAAUUUGGUUGAGCAAUCUCAAAAUGGAACUCCUACCCCAGAACAAGGGUUGAAGAAAAUUUCAGAUGGAUAUGACAAUGAGGAGAAAUCAAUUUUGUCUGCUAGAUUAACUCCUCUGUCAAUCAUUGAUGAGCAUUCUCCCAUUUCUCUUAAGUGGUGGUAUGGCAAUGGCAUCCCGAAUUCCACAACUAAGUACAAGGAGGACCAGAAAGUGAAAUGGCAUGCAACCCCGUUUGAAGAAAGGCUGGAUAAGGCACUGUCUGAGAAUGUUAUAUCUCAAAGGAAGCUUGUUCGAGGGAAACCGGUGGAAUUUGAUGACAUUGAAGAAAAUGAUAGUGCAUCAUCUCAGCGGCUAUAGUCAAAAGUCAUGUUUUAUGUGGUGUCAUUUUGGUAACUGUAUAUGUCCAUCUCAUCUCAUUGUAGUAUCUUAUGUGGGAAGUAAUUCAAUAUUCUGGAAACUAAUUGCUAAUAAGCAUCAUUCAGUAUGCUGAUUGGUCUGCAUCAGCUGUUUAUUAUACAAAUUCUGCAUUACUGUAGAACUAUCUACCAGUCUGCGACAAUAGUCUCAUCCCUGCGUAAGCACUAACGGCAAAACUUUCCUUCUCAGGAAAGUGAGAAAGCUACUGAAUUGUUGAAUAAAAAGGGUAGGCAGCUUCUUUUAA